AUGAUAAAUAUCCAAGAUCCAGACUCAGGUGAAAAUGGGAAAGUUAAAUGUUCCAUUAACGAGAAUGUCCCAUUCUCAAUUUCCUCAACGUCAAUCAAUUUCUUCAGUUUAAAAACCGACUAUGAUUUAGACAGAGAAAAAGCCUCUGAGUACAAUAUCACAGUGACUUGCUCCGAUGAGGGAGUCCCGUCCCUCUCCAGCAGCGUUACUCUCACCUUACAGAUCUCAGAUGUGAAUGAUAACGCACCUUUCUUUGAGAGGAGCUCAUAUGAGGCCUACAUUGUAGAAAACAACACCCCAGGCCUCUCUAUAUUCACCGUGAAAGCCCGAGACGCUGACUGGAACCAGAAUGCCCGUGUCUCUUACAUGCUGGAGGACUCCUCGGUUAACGGAGUGCCCGUCUCCUCAUAUGUGUCUGUUAGUGCUGAUAGUGGAGUCAUCCAUGCAGUGCGCUCUUUUGACUACGAGCAGAUCAAAGAUUUCCAUUUCCGAGUCAAAGCGCAGGAUGGAGGUUCUCCUCCGCUGAGUAGCAACGUAUCAGUAAAAAUAUUGAUCCAGGACCAGAACGACAACACUCCUCAGGUUCUGUACCCAGUCCAGACUGGUGGCUCUCUGGUGGCUGAAAUGGUGCCUCGUUCAGCAGAGGUGGGCUAUCUGGUGACCAAAGUGGUGGCUGUUGAUGUGGACUCAGGCCAGAAUGCCUGGCUCUCCUAUAAACUGCAGAAAGCCACAGACAGGGCGCUGUUCCAAGUUGGCUUACAGAAUGGGGAAAUCAGAACUAUCCGCCAAGUCACUGAUAAAGAUGCUGUGAAACAAAGGCUGACUGUUGUGGUGGAGGACAACGGACGGCCCUCUCGUUCAGCUACAGUCAAUGUUAACGUGGCGGUGGCGGACAGCUUCCCUGAAGUGCUGUCAGAGUUCACUGACUUCACACAGGACAAGGAGUACAAUGACAACCUGACUUUUUACUUGGUCUUGGCUUUGGCUGUGGUUUCCUUUCUGUUCAUCACGUGCCUGGUGGUUAUUAUAUCAGUGAAAAUCUACAGAUGGAGACAGUCUCGCAUCCUUUAUCAGUCCAACCUGCCGGUGAUUCCAUAUUAUCCCCCUCGUUACUCAGACACUUUGGGGACAGGGACUCUCCCACACGUGUACAAUUACGAGGUGUGCAGGACGACUGACUCCAGAAAGAGUGACUGUAAGUUCGGCAGAGCCGGUAGUCAGAACGUCCUGAUAAUGGAGCCCAGUUCAACAGAGACGAUGCAGCGGAUACUGAGUGAGAAGAGCAUCCUGGAUGACCCAGACUCUCCUCUAGAUGUGAGUGCCGGAAAAUGUUGCGUCUUUUUUUCGGAAAUUAAUUUACCUCAUUUUUAUGUUUGA